GUCGGGCGUUCCAGGGACCGAAGCGUCCUCAAAGUCAAAACUGUCCAAGGACGAGGAAAGUAACCGGACGGUUGACAAAAAACAGUCCGAGGUCUUUGCCGCAGCAGGCAAGCUUCCCAACGACACCAACAACAACAGCAGCAGCUGUGGGGCUGACGACGAGGAUGAAGACGAGAUGGACGAUUACGACAACGACGGCCUGGGGGAUGAUACCUGUGACGACAUGGAUGACCUCAGAGACUCGGCCAGUGUCGGAAGUGACGUCAGCGGUUUGGUAUCGCCUGCCUUGAUUGGCGGAGGUAAGUAA